AUGGACAAGGCAAUCGGGGCCAACGGUCUGGGAGCCGGCAGCGAAGGUGGUUAUCAUGGCAAGGGAGGGAAACGGACAAUCUUUCGUCAAACGAACUUUACCCCGGAGGACCCAGGCAGGGCACCUCGGGAGCCUUCGUCCCGGCCGGGGACCACCAGCUCCGCCUCCGUCCCCGCCCCGAGCGGAGGUGGUCCGGCCGAUUGGGAUUGUGGAAGAUGUAGUUCGCUAGAAGGGGCGAUGUGCGCCUGCGCCUCUCGGGAGGGACUUAGGUGCGUUGAAAAUGAUGCAAAGACAGUUGGCGGCGUGGGGAGUUGUGGCUCGGAGGGCGAGGGUAACUUUUUGGGGGCAGGGGAAGGUAAGGCUGUUUCCCCGGAACGGGACCUGAACAGGACCAGUUCUGGGCUGCUGCCUCCUGCUUUCCUCUUUCGAAGUCAUUCUGCCAACUUGGAGAUUUGGAUUUGGUUGACCUCUAAGAGAAAAGCACCAGAAGCUCGUUCUCCGCUCUUUGAGACACCCUUCUUCAAGCUUCGCGGCGUCUCUCUCUUUCUCUCUCCUGGAUCCCCCUACUGCACAGCCUACUCAUACCCAGUGUCCUUGGCUGGCUCCGCCCUUCUCACGCGAUUGGUGCUCUCAGAUUCCACGCCUCUACAUAAUGUUCAUUAUCUACUCUCCCUUGCCAAUGCCAACGCCAAUGCCUAAACCUCCUCCUCGAAGCUAAUGACUGACCCCGGAGUGAUGUCACAGUGUUGAAUACAAGAAUCCCUCAAG